AUGGCUUCUGCUGCCCCUCGCCGUAGAAAGCUUAUCGGCCAACGUCGCCGUGUUGAGGACGAGGGUGAAGACGAGGGUGGCCUGGAGGGCCUCGACCUCGAUGACGACUCAAUCACCGACGGAUCUUUAACCGACGACAACGAUCCCGCUGACGAUAGCGAUACAAGCAACAUUGACGAAGCCUCCCCCACGUCCCCGAAUGCGAGAAGGAAGGUCAAUGGCGCUACUAAGCACGCUGGCCACGGCCACAAGUCGGUGCCCGGCUCCGGCUCCGGCCAGAAUGGCAAGCCUGUGACGGACACGGAUAUAAUGCUUCAUGGCUUGUCCAUUGCAGAUGAGGCACCUCCCGUCCAGGAGAUGCACUUUGAUGAAGUCGUUGCUCCAUCGCCUAGCAAAUCCCCCGCUGCUCCUAUAGUUGUCAGCUCUGCCUCCGCUAGAGCACCUGCUGCUCCUGGGAAUCGACGUCGGCAAGAGCAUGAGGACUACAAGAAAAAGAGGGACGAGGAUCCAGCCUUUGUCCCCAACCGAGGCGCCUUUUUCAUGCAUGACCACAGACACGCUGGCCCUGCAGCAAAUGGCUUUCGUCCUUUUGGAAGAGGAAGAGGUAGAGGCGGCCGUGGUGGCAUUGGGGGGCCGUUUGCUCCUAUCAAUCAAUUGCACCAACCGGGAGAUCCUACGACCAAUUCUCCAUGGACACAUGACAUGCACGAAACGGUUGUAGAACCACCGCUGCCAGUACGACCCCGUCAUAUGACAGAGGAGGAGGGUCCUGCCAACGGAAAUGGUUUCAUCCCAACUUGUGAUCCAAACCCCACGCCCAUCAACCGGACUCUAUCCACCGAGAAACACAUUGGCAACGCCCAGGUUCGGGUAUCCCUUCCCGAUAUGAAGGCUCCCGUCAUUAUUCCACGUCUUGCUGUAAAGCAAUACACCAAACUGCCCGACCACCGACCACCUCUGCGUAGGGACAAGCCUGUCCGUAUUUCGCUCCCCGACAACAAUCCUCGAUAUAUCUAUCCCGCUGCUGAUAGGUCCUUCAUCUUCAUACCCAGGGCAAUGCGACCUAAUCAGCAGCGUAUGCGAGGAAAGCCUCGUCCUGGUUUUGGCUCUAUGGGCGGUUUCUCGAGACGAACAAGUGUAUUCGGUGGCAGUUAUUACGGAAGCGUUUAUUCGCCUAGCGUGGCUAUGAGCAGACGGUCUUCUAUCGUGGAUCGUGAUUAUAUGUUCUCUCCCACAGGUUCUGUCAUCUCACGACCACCGAUCCCGGUCGAGAAUGCCCGGCCUGUUGUUCGACUGCCUCCUGCUCCUCGACCGGAUAUGCCUUUGAACGCAAUGGCUCCUCCUAUGGCUCCUCCUAUGGCUCCACCAGGUCCCGGUUAUGGGCCAGUCGAUCCUGCUUAUGCGGUCGAGAGACCCCCAGUCCCAGAUGCAUCGAUUAACGAUCUGCCUCCCCCUCAGACGUUCCCCCUCCCACAGAAACCUGCUUUCCAGGAGAACCGGCCCACAUCGGCGCUGCCCAUGCAUCAACCCCGUCCUCAGAAGAACAUAUCUGUUGCCGAUAUCGAGUCUCCAACCUUGACACAAGGUCCUCAAGCUUAUCAGCAAGCUUUUCAUCAGCAAGUGCCUAUUCAGAUGGCCAAUGGCCUAUCCCAGGAGUCACAUGCACGUCAGCCAUCAUACCCGUCCCAGCACUCUACUGGGACACCACUCUCUCAAAUUCCGGAAAGAGCCAUUCAUGCUGCACCAUUUCAGCCCAAUACCUAUGGCCAGCAGUCCUUUUACAAUCAACAGCCUUACCAGGCGCAGCCUCAGCAAGGAUACUAUUACCCGCCUAACUACAAUAACCCUGGUAUGGGACCGGCAAGUGCAGGACCUGCUUUCGUGCCCGGCCAGUCAGGCCCUCCUGGCAGUUUCACUCCCCAGAACCAGCCAGAGCAGCCUGUUAUGCCCAGCAAUGGACCACCUCCACCAGGUUCCAAUUUGGUAGCUCAAGAGGUGAACGGAAUGGUCUACUACUACGACGCCUCCCAGUUGCCCCCUGUUAACAACUAUUCUGCAUACUCUGCGCCUCAGAGCUACCAGCCUAGUGUGAUGGGCAUGGGCGGCAUGGUCACACCCAGCCCGGAUGGUUUUUACUACCCCCAACAAGCAUCCGGCAUGGUCUACUAUCCUCAGUAG